AUGACACACGAUGUCUGGCACGCGGUCGCCCCCCACGCCAGGUCUGGCCCGCGGUCGCCCCCCACGCCAGGUCUGGCCCGCGGUCGCCCCCACACGCCAGGUCUGGCCACGCGCGUCGCCCCACACGACAGGUCUGGCCACGCGGUCGCCCCCACACGCCAGGUUACUGGCCACGCGAGUCGCCCCACACGCCAGGUCUCAGGCCACGCGGUCGCCCCCCACGCCGGUCUGGCCACGCGGUCGCCACCACACGCCAGGGGGGGGGGGUUUUCUGGGCCACGCGGUCGCCCCCACACGCCAGGUCUGGCCACGCGUCGCCCCCACCCGCCAGGUCUGGCACGCGGUCCCCCCCACACGCCAGGUCUGGCACGCGGGUCGCCCCCACAAGCCAGGUCUGGCCACGCGGCGCCCCCACACGCCAGGUCUGGCCACGCGGUCGCCCCACACGCCAGGUCUGGCCACGCGGUCGCCCCCACACGCCAGGUCUGUGCCACGCGGUCGCCCCCACACGGCCAGGUUCUGGCCACGCGGUCGCCCCACACGCCAGUCUGGCCACGCGUUCGCCCCCACAGCCAGGUCUGGCCACGCGGUCGCCCCCACACGCCAGGUCUGGCCACGCGGUCGCCCCCACACGCCAGGGGUCUGGCCACGCGGUCGCCCCACACGCCAGGUUCCUGGCCACGCGGUCGACCCCACACGCCAGGUCUGGCCACGCGGUCGCCCCCACCCCCACCAGUCUGGCACGCGGUCGCCCCCACACGCCAGGUUCUGAGCACGCGGUGCGCCCCCACACGCCAGGUCUGGCAGCGGUCGCCCCCACACGCCAGGUCUGGCCACGCGGUCGCCCUCACACGCCAGGUCUGGCCACGCGUUCGCCCCCACACGCCAGGUUCUGGCCCAGCCGGUCGCCCCCACACGCCAGGUCUGGCCACGCGGUCGCCCCCACUACGCCAAGGUCUGGCCACGCGGUCGCCCCCCAAGCCAUUUACUUCCGGCCGCUGCUGCGAUGUGACCGCCGUGACCUUUCCGCGCCCUAACCACCAGAGCGCGUGUAUCCAUCACUGUGUUGCUUGUACUCUAGAACCUCAACAGAAAUAUACACUGGAUGGCUCGAAUUUUGAAAAUGGCCACCUGAAGCCCAUCAGAUCAGAAACCCCAAGACAGAAGAUGAGGGGAACCCCCACCAAUGGAAAAUUUGCCGGAUGUACAACCAAAACAGCCCCCCCCCCCGUUCUUGUUGUCAUUGCUGGUUUGUCUGAAGAUGAUGAUCGCCUCUCACUCGGGCAUAAUUUUGCACACUACUGA